AUGGAACUGGAUCAAGUACAAUAUCUUGCCCUCGAUGGGCCAAUACUGCCAACAGCGGCAGCCCAAAUUACGGAGGAACAGAGGACAUACAGAGUAGACUUAGAUCCCGAAGCCCCAGAGCUGGAUUUUGAAGCUAUUCUGUAUCGGGCUGGCCUGGACAAUUACGCCAGUAUUGUGAUAAAUGACCAUGGCAUUCAAAAUGGCAGAGAGUUCAGCGAGCUUCAGGAAGGAGGUAUAAAACUCUUCUGCAAAGUAGCACGGGAUAGAGUCAUGUUUCGCAAACUGCUGAAAAAUUUGGUGGGGACCGAAUCAACGGUGCUGCAUCCCACGCACGACAAUCUGCACUGGGCGUCGAGGGAUCUCAACAUUCAGCUUCUUCCUUCGCACUACUCGACCGGACAGCUGAUCCUUCGAUGUUUGGCCGAAGUGGGUACCGUCUACUCGGAGGUGUCACAAGCACCUCUUGAAAGCAGUCGGAAAGAACCCAUACCAGAGCGAGUGACAUCCCCAAACGGAUCCCACCGUCCCCAGGCUGCGUCCCCGUGGCUGAGUUCGUUCCUGACCAUGGCUGUGGCGGUUGUAACGUUGGCACUGCAGCUGCAGCUACAUCUUCACCACGAACCGCACCGAUUGUGGACCACCUCGAGAUAGUUCACUGCCAGCAGUACGAAUUUCGGUGGAAUUUCGGGAGAGGCGAAUGAGAACCUCUAA